CGGCGGUCAUUGUCAUUGCGUGUAUUCACAGUAACAACGCAGGAAUGUCAGGUCUCGACGGAUUCUAGGCAAUUUUGCCCUGUUGAGAAAAUAAAACAGUGGAGGUGUUCGCCCGGUGAUCACCAUGCAUAUUGAGAAUCUGAUCGAUGAGCUCGGAGGUUUCGGCCGCUUUCAGCGACUCUUUGUCCUCUUCUUGUCCACCAUGAAAAUACCCAUCUCGUGGAGCUUAUUGAUGAUGGCCUUCGCCGGAAUUGAACCUGAUUGGUUCUGCCUGUCACGUGACGCAAGCUCAAACUGGACGUCGACCAAUGAGACAGCUGGCAAAUGUUUAAAAAAUACCAGUAUCUGUGGAAUCCGAAAAUUUGAUGAGGAAAUGAUUACAGCUGUGAGUCAGUGGGGCCUGGUCUGCGAGAAACGAUGGAUCACGGGGUUUAUUAUCGCUGUACAGAUGGGCGGGGUUCUGCUCGGGGCCGUGGUCGCCGGGCAGGUCGCUGGGGCGUACGGCAGGAAGAACGUCAUCGUCGCCGCUAUCGUCGUCACGUGCAUUGGAAACGUCGUCAGCGUCUUCUCCACGUCGUGGGUGAUGUUUACGGGACUUAGGGUCGUUCUAGGGGUGGCCGCUGGCGCCAUGCAAGCAAUAAACUACAUUUAUCAACUGGAAUUCGUCAACCGGAAGUGGCGCGUUGGCCUGGUUGUCAUUCCGGCGUUUCCGGUUGGCGUUAUCCUGGCGUGUCUGAUGUUCUGGCUGUCUCCUAACUUCAUCCACCUCCACAUAGCGGGCGCUGUCAUCUCACUGCCCUACGUCAUAGGAUGUUUUUUUAUGCCAGAGAGCAUUCGAUGGCUGGCAGUGAAGGGCAGGGUAUCCGAGGCCAAGGCGCUCGUCACACGAAUUGCCCGGAUCAACGGACGGCCCGAACCGGACACUACGAUACUGGAGAAAAUCGCAGCGGAAGAGCAGAGAAACCACGCCAUGCUGAUGACGUACAGCUACCUAGACCUGUUCAGAACCAGGCAGUUGGUCAAAACUACACUCAUCCUUUGCUUCAGUUGGGCUUCUAGCUCCAUUGUGUUUUACGCAAUCAGUUUUGGUGUCGCCGAUUUGUCUGGGAAUUUCUACGUGAACAUGUUGUUAAUGCAGGUUACUGAAUUCCCUGCCCUUAUGUUGGUGGUUGUCAUAACGAGCUGUAUUGGUCGACGAUGGACAUGCGCAGUGGCAUUUUGUGGGACAAGUGUAUCCUGUUUUGUGUUGGCGAUCGCUGUAGUGUAUGUGCCGUCAGAAAUCGAGGGUGUCCUCAUCACAGUGCUGGCCAUUCUCGCUAAAAGUUUACUCAUUAUAGCCUGGCACGGACUGGAGGUGUUCUCGGCAGAACAGUACCCCACGGUUCUCAGAAAUCUGGGAAUGUCGGCUUGUAGCUCGGGAGCCAGAGUUGGUGGAAUUAUAUCUUCACAAGUGCUGGCUCUCGGCCAAGGGCGUGACCUGAUGGCGCCCUACCUUGUGAUGGGCGUGGUCAGUUUUGUGACCGGUGCGGUAUGUCUGCUUUUACGCGAAACCAAGGGCGAGGCGCUGGAAGACACACUAACAAGAGUGAAGACGGAAACAGUCGCGGAGGACUAUGAACUGCAGACACCGUUAACAACAUAGAGUAGUGCAAAUACUUGAUCAUACGUUCAGGUUCUACUAGGCAUUGUGCUUAUUUCAUGUCGCUGUAUUAAGACAUCAAAGUAACCAGAAGAAAAACAAUGAGUUGCACGUGUGUAACCUAAAGCUGCAACCCAGAGUAUAUUUUAACAAGGGCGGAUCAAGGGGGACAUGGCGACCUAUUUCGUCUAAAACAUUGAAGUACCUGGGCAGGGAGGAAGUGUUUCAUUUAAUGACGAACUCAGCACAUUUUAUUUACGGUUAUAUGGCGUCGGACAUUUGGUUAUAUAGACCACACAGAUAUUGGAUACUGAGAGAGGAAACCCGCUGUUGCCACUUCAUGGG